GCGGUCGCACGCUGCACCAUCGCACGGCCGUGUCGCACUUACUUGAAAACUCGAUACGAAUAAUCGGCUUUCGCAAUGCCUUUAAACAGCCACUUCGACAUGAUGGCCGUUUACAUCGCCAACGGGCUGUACCUGUAUUACACGCCGGCUCUUAUUUUAUUGGGCUCCGUAGGAAAUCUGCUAUCAGUUUACGUUUUCUAUAACAGCAAACUUCGGCUUCAGUCCACCAGCCAGUAUCUGUCUGCAUUGGCAAUAUCCGAUACCAUCUUUCUUCUGCAGUUGAUACCGCCAUGGCUGAGCGCGAUGCAGAUCACGGCGUUGUUCUACAAGGUCGGCUUUUGCCAAAUAUUCGUAUAUCUGUCGUACGUCACCUGUUGCUCGAGCGCUUGGCUGGUCGUAGCGUUUACGGUCGAGCGUUUCGUGGCCGUUUUAUACCCGCUCCGUCGGAACGCUUGGUGUACGGUGAGACGAGCCCGUCACGUGAUCAUUGGGUUGUCUCUAGCGGCGCUCGUGAUGAAUCUGCCGGUACUGCGCUUUACGGUUCCAUUUCAAAACGACUGCAACCUCGACAGAAGUUAUUUGGAGCAAGCGGCUAGUUUCAACGUGGUCGACACAAUCGUCUCGUUCACGGUGCCUCUGAGUCUGAUAGUAUUGCUGAACGUGUGGAUAAUAACUGGGGUGUGCCGUCUGGAGAGUACUCGUCACCAGCUCAUGAAGGUGCAGCGGCUGGCUCUGGGCGAUCGAUCCCGUGCCUCAAGACUUGUGGGCUGCCCUCGGUCACAACAGCGCGUCACACGAAUGCUGCUGAUUGUAUCUUCGGUGUUCGUCUUUCUGAACCUGCCUGCGUACGCCCUACGGAUCCUCGCCUACACAUACAACUUGGGGGGGUUUGAUCCCGCAUCUCUCAGUGUCCAGACCGCCACCAACUGGUCAUCAACUGCCUCUACUAGUCCAUCUCAAGUAUGCUGCCAACAGAACAGUGGCCACAUUGAGGAUCGUUGGAUGGCUCUGCAACUUCUAUCCGUCUUGUUUUUCCACACUAACUUCGGCAUCAACUUCAUACUAUACUGCCUCAGCGGACAGAACUUCCGACGAGCGAUUCUCCAGAGCAUUCCUUAUCUGAGGAGACAGGCUCGCCGCGUGGACGCCGUCCGUCGCGCCACCUGCCGCCCACCGCGUACAAUUAGCAUCUCAAGUAUAUCUGCUGUAUCCUUCAUGAGCAACGGUACCGAGGUUUCCUCGAAGUUGGCAACAUCUGGCCCGAACUCUACGGCAAUAAAACGCAUCAAGAAACAAGAACCGUUCAUCACCAAAUGGAAAUUCAAUAACAACCGCCAGCGGGGUGGAACUGACGCAGCAUCAACAAGCACAGCUGGAGCUCUGCCUAGUAACAACAUCGAAAUGCGAGUCCUUAACACUCAAAACACUUGCAUUUGACGCCGAACUCAAAAACGCAAAAACGGAAAAUCGUACGCAAUAUGCACAACGCUAUUUUGAAACGGGUGUAUAAAAGAGGAGUUUGUUUAUGUGUAGGUGUGUAUUUCCAGGUUUAAGUAUAAGGCCAGUAUCUAUGAAUAAGAUCCCGGAUAUUGUUUGGUAUACUGGGGGCUCAACGCCCACCUCGAGCGAUGUUAUUGGAUGCAUAGAACUUAACAAUGUUGCCACAUGCAACGAUCGCAUUGUAUUGCGUACAGUGUAAUAUGCGAACUGCAUCCGAGUAUAUACCUGUGCAUUCAUUUCACUCACCGCUCUAGAGUCUAGACAACGACCGGUAAUUGAAUUGAACAAAGUUGACAAGUUGAACUCACAUAUUUUAUCAAUUAGCAAUUUUGAACGGUCUGUCAUUAUAUAACCUAAUACUAUUUAUUAUUUAAUAGUAUCUUUAUUUGUUUAUUAUUUUCCGAAGCGUAAUAUAUUUUUUAAAUUAAUAUAUUUAUCGUGCAGCUA